AUCUGUGUUUUCGUUCGUUUUUGAGCUCUGAUGAUUUGAUUUUGCAUUAGGUUUUAGACGGAUUGGUCGUAUUGUAUCUGGAGUUACUUGUAAGAGAGAAAGUUCCAAGGUUUUGAAUGUCAAUGGUCAACCAGAGGUUACUAACAUUAAGGAUAACCUGCCAUCAACAUACUUUGUUUCGGAACAUGGUCAAGACGGAUCUGGCUCUCGUUCAAUGACUUCAUUAAGGAUGUUUGGCCUUUUAGGUGCAGGAAUUACCGGACUCUUAGGAUUCACAACCGUUGCUUAUGCUGCCGACGAGGCAGAGCAUGGCUUAGAGUGUCCUAACUAUCCUUGGCCUCACCAAGGCAUUCUCAGUUCAUACGACCACGCUUCGAUCCGAAGAGGCCAUCAGGUGUACCAACAAGUUUGUGCUUCAUGUCACUCAAUGUCACUUAUAUCUUAUAGAGAUCUCGUUGGUGUUGCAUACACCGAAGAAGAAACAAAAGCUAUGGCAGCCGAAAUUGAAGUUGUCGACGGGCCUAAUGAUGAGGGUGAGAUGUUUACCAGGCCCGGUAAGCUAAGCGAUCGGUUUCCUCAACCUUAUGAAAAUGAACAAGCAGCUAGGUUUGCUAAUGGUGGUGCUUACCCACCUGAUCUAAGUCUCAUUACCAAAGCCCGUCGUAAUGGUCAAAACUAUGUAUUUGCCCUUCUUACCGGCUAUCGUGACCCUCCUGCUGGUGUUUCGAUCAGAGAGGGACUGCAUUACAAUCCUUACUUUCCCGGUGGAGCAAUUGCGAUGCCAAAAAUGUUUAAUGAUGGUGCUGUUGAAUAUGAGGAUGGAACACCUGCAACAGAGGCACAAAUGGGAAAAGAUGUUGUGAGCUUUUUGUCAUGGGCUGCCGAGCCGGAGACAAUGGAAGAACGAAAAUUGAUGGGAUUUAAAUGGAUAUUUGUAUUGUCACUUGCCCUUCUACAAGCUGCUUACUAUCGACGCUUGAAAUGGUCGGUUUUCAAGUCUCGUAAGCUUGUGCUUGAUGUAGUCAACUGAUCUGAGUGUUGACUUUUGUGUAAACUUUGUAUUGAUCAAAUGCUAUAUUUGAUUAGUUGCAUAUGUUUAGAGUUAGCUACAUGUUUGUAAAAAUGUUAUGUGGAGACGAAAACAUAUGUGUGUAUGUAAGUGUUUAUAUUCCUUUAUAUUGUUACAAAUGAGAAGAUAUAUGAUAGCAAUCGGUUCGGUAA